AUGGCCGGGGUCUCGGGUUCUCUGAGCGACUCUAACUCGUCCGUUUCUGUUUCCCACCAGGCAAGUCUGAAGGAAGGCUGGCUGAUGAAGCAGACCAAUUCAUUCCAGAGAAUGAAGAAGAGGUACUUUAAGCUGAAGGGCCGGAAGCUGUACUAUGCCAAGGAGGCCAAGUCCCUGCUAUUUGAUGAGAUCGACCUUACGGAUGUCAGUGUGGCUGAAUGUAGCACCAAGAACGUCAACAACAGCUUCCAGGUCAUUACACCCUUCAGACGACUCAUCCUCAGUGCGGAGAACCGUAAGGAGAUGGAGGAAUGGAUGGCCGUGCUUCGCGCCGUGCAGAACAGAGAGUUCUACGAUCCCAGCAGUGAGAACAUGGACCAGUUUAACGGGAUGCACAACUGGUACACCUGUAGCCACGCCCGCCCCACCUACUGUAACGUGUGCAGGGAGGCUCUGUCUGGGGUCAUGUCCACUGGACUGUCCUGUGAAGUGUGCAAGUUCAAAGCUCACAAGCGGUGUGCGACACGAGCUCCUAACGCCUGCAAGUGGACCGCCCUGUCUUCCAUUGGACAAGACACCAUCGAGGAUGAUGAGGGGAUCCACAUGCCCCACCAGUGGUUGGAGGGUAACCUGCCUGUCAGUGCCAAGUGUAGUGUGUGUGACCACACGUGUGGGAGUGUUCUCAGGCUUCAGGACUGGAAAUGCCUCUGGUGUAGAGCUAUGGUCCAUACAACGUGUAAGGAGAUCUUCCCCAGAAAAUGUCCCCUGGGGGACUGCCGCCUGUCCAUCGUCCCGCCCACCGCGCUCAACAGCAUCGACUCUGAUGGAUUCUGGGUAGCCACGCGCCCGACCUCCAGUAACCCCCUGCUGGUGUUCGUCAACUCCAAGAGCGGAGACAACCAGGGGGUGAAGUUCCUCCGCAGGUUCAAACAGCUUCUCAACCCAGCUCAGGUGUUCGAUUUGAUGAACGGGGGACCGCACUUAGGGUUGCGGUUGUUCCAGAGGUUUGACCUGUUCCGUAUCCUGGUGUGUGGAGGAGAUGGCAGUGUGGGAUGGGUCCUGUCAGAGAUCGACAAGCUCAACCUCCAUAAACAGUGCCAAAUGGGAGUUUUGCCACUCGGGACAGGGAACGACCUGGCCCGGGUGUUGGGAUGGGGGGCAGCAUGUGACGACGACACACAGCUGCCGGCCAUCCUCUGGCAGCUGGAGAGGGCCACCUGCAAGAUGCUGGACAGAUGGAGUAUCAUGACCUGUGAAACCAAAGUCCCAGGUGCUGCUGACUCCACUGUUUCCACACAGCAGGCAGAACAGGAUGAGAUGACAGCGUAUGAGCUUCAGGACUCUGUAGCAACCCACCUCAGCAGGAUACUCCAGUCUGACCAGCACUCCGAAGUCAUUCAGUCUGCAAGAGUCUUGUGUGAGACAGUUAAACACUUUGUAACCAAAGUAGGAACUGCUUACAACACUGAGGAGGAGAGGUCAGAAGGUGACAAGGACUCCAUUACUCACAAGUGUAAAGUUCUAGAUGAGAAGUUGAACUCUCUGCUGACAACCCUGAAUGAGGAGGCUCAGGCCAAGCCCCUGCCUGCAGUUAGCUCUGCUGUCCAACAGGAGGAGCUGGUGUCAGGAUCUCCGCAGGACACGGUACCGGAGGGGCUCACAGCGCCUUCGUCAAGUAGGAUCUUUAAGCCAAGGGAACAGCUGAUGUCUCGGGCCAACAGUCUGAAGAAAGCUGUCAGGUCUAUUAUAGAGCACACAGAGAGGGCUGUUGAUGAACAGAAUGCCCAAACAAAAGAGCACAAGGAGGAGGCGUCAUCAGGUCCGCCCACCUCCCCACCCACCACAUCUGCUGCUAUCGCUCCCACCAAACCGCCGUUUGUCUUCACCGUGGCGCCCGACGAGCCGUCCAGCCCGCUCGCACCGCUGGCCACCAUGGAGAACUCCUCCCCGGAGUCCACUGAGGAGGGGCCUGUUGCUGGGGCAACCAGCGUCCAACCAGCAUCACCCAUCGUCUUCUCCACAAGUGAAGUGUCAGAGGAAGCCCGUGAGAGGAGUGACACAGUGUGCAGCCUGCGCAGCCCUCCCCCUCCCCGGUACCCAUACUACUCAGGUUACACCGGCUUACGGGGCAGGUUACAGGUCUCAGAUAAAGAAGCUCUUGCCCAGGAGAGAAGAGUGAGUAAAGGCAGCACCUUGAGUCAGGGUAUGCCUGACACCUCCAAGUCUCUACAGAACAUCGACAGGGCCACCAGCAGACAGGCCGUAUCACAACUCCCAGGUAUUCGCAGCUCCAUUGCCAGUAGUAUAGCGGGUGGCUGCCUGGUGAGUAAGGUGCUGCUGGCCAAUGCAGACGCCCUGUGUGCUGCAGCCUCCCCCCUCAUGGACCCAGAAACUGCCUCCCUGCCCUUUGUCCUCUACAGGGAGGGGUAUAGGGAAAAGUGCGUCAUGAACAACUACUUCGGGAUCGGCCUGGACGCCAAGAUCACCCUGGAGUUCCACAACAAACGGGAGGAGCAUCCGGUCAAGUUCCGCAGUCGCACGCGCAACUUCAUGUGGUAUGGCAUGCUGGGAGGAAGGGAGAUUCUACAGAGAACGUACCGCAGUCUGGAACAGAGGAUACAGCUAGAGUGUGAUGGACAGAGAAUCCCUCUACCCAGUCUACAGGGAAUAGUGGUGCUGAACAUACCCAGUUUUGGAGGAGGUGCCAACUUCUGGGGAGGGGUCAAGGAGGACGAUAAUUUCGUGGCGCCGUCGUUUGAUGACAAGGUUCUGGAGGUGGUUGCGGUGUUCAGCAGCACACAGAUGGCGUUCUCCCGCGUCAUGAACCUCCAGCACCACCGCAUCGUGCAGUGUCGCACCAUCAAGAUCACCAUCCAGGGCAGUGAGUCCGUGCCCGUACAGGUGGACGGCGAGGCCUGGAUGCAGCCGCCCGGAUACAUCCGCAUUGUCCACAAGAACCGCGCUCAGAUGCUCACCAGGGACAGGGCCUUUGAGAAGACCCUGAUGUCCUGGACAGACAAGCAGAAGUUUGAGAAGAUGAUCCAGGGUCCCCUCAUCAGUAACGAGGAGACGGCUGUGCUGGCUCCAUUUGUCGACGCCUCUGUAGCUCUCAUCAGAUGUAUCAGGGUGCUGCACACCCACCACCGUGACCAGGUACAGGAGCUGAUCCCAGUCUUCAUGCAGACGUCCACGUGUGUGGACAAGGUCUACUCUCAGGGCAGGCUGGCAGAUCUGGUUACUAAAAAGGAGGCAGCCGACAUGAUUACGAGCACGGCGUGCCUGUACGGCGGCGUGGGGCAGGUCAUCGGCAGCAUCGACAACAUGGAUGAGGACCUGGAGCGGAAGCUGGUUCACGCGCUGAAUCUGGUGGACCAGGAGCUGCGGCGUGUGGAGCAGGUGCCCAGUCUGGCGGCCAUGGCGCUGCAGGGUUCCGCCGCCAGUCCCGUGGAGUACGCCUCGCCGCCGGCCCCCAGCAGGCCGCAGCACUCCCGGUCCGCGGGACAUGUCUCUGCCUUGCUGGGCCUGCCUGUACAGCCUUCUGACGAGGAGUACCAAAGUGAUUAUGGGACAUCCCCCGUACCCAAGCAACGAACCAAGAGCUCCGGGAAGUUUGGCCUUGUCCGUAAACUCAGGAAGUCUAAAACCAAGGACAAGGAAAGGGAGAAGGAGAGAGAAGAGUCCUCCAUGAAGGAGAGUGUCGGCAGUAUGUCUGGUGUUUCUACAAACAUUCCAGUCUUCCAGUGGGGCCCAGAGGAGGUGGGGGGGUGGCUGGAGUCCCUGGCGCUCGGCGAGUACCGCGACAGCUUCAUGAAGAACGACAUCCGCGGCGCCGAGCUGCUCGCCCUGGAGAGGAGGGACCUCAAGGACCUGGGUGUGAGGAAGGUGGGACAUGUGAAGAGAAUCCUUCAGGCUGUCAAAGACCUACAGAUCAGAUAGUGGCUGACUCGUCUGCUACAAGCACUGCAAUAUACUCAACAUUCCACAUCAUGGUCUCAUUCUGUGUCUCUGUCCACUCAGCAGGGACCCCUGUCACGUCGUGCCGGUACUGCAUGUAAUCAUAACACUACGUAGGUUUUUUAAGUUACCCAUGUCCAGACCAGGGCAGUGUGUAACAAUGGCUGUUGUUGAUUUGUCACAAGUUUGCAUGAAUAUCUGUCACAUUUCGUUCAGUGUCAUUCUUCAGAUUGAAGUUAUCAAGACUCUGGCAUUCUAGGAGUAAACUUAAGGAAAUACAUGUAUCUUGCUUGCUGGUGCUGCCUUACCACUCCUUAGGCCAAACCAAUUUAAUUUGUAGGUUCUCAGAUUUUGGCAGGAAUCAAUAUAGCAGGCGGGCCAAAAAAACAGUUCUGGGCAACCUGUGAUAGAACUUUUAAUCAAAUCACUGCAUUGAUAAAUGGAAAAACAGGAGGUGGUUGGUACCAAAUUGUCAGCAUUUUGGGGUUUAUUCAGAACCUAAAGGGUACAGAUUUUUUUUUUGUUCAUUUGUUUGCAAAUAAAAAAAGGAAAAUC